AUGGCGGACGCCGUUGCUGUUGAGGCAGGGGCGGCAGCGGCGCCGGGGGCGAUGGCGGCGGGGCCGGGCCCCGGCCGGGACGCGCUGGAAGUGAGUUGGGUUCAGGGAUUCUCAAACAAGAACUUUGGCUUUGUCAACAAUCAAACUGUCUGCUACCCCCGUGGCAAUUACAUCCUCUUCCUGGACCUGGAAACAAAGAAGACAACAGCACUACAGUGUGAGACAGGCCCUGUGGGAGCCUUCGCAGCAAACGCCAGCAGUGAAGUGGUGGCCUUCUCCGACCGGAAGCUGAAUCCCGUCAUACAUAUCCACCAUUUCCCAGAACUGAAUAAACUGACAGAAUUAAAAGGUAGUGCUCAGCUGGACUACACCUUACUUGCGUUUAGUUUCACAGGCCCGUAUCUAGCCAGUUACUCCUCCAUCCCAGAAUUUGUUCUUUCAGUAUGGAACUGGCAAGAAAGUAUCCUCCUGUGCAGUGAGUCUCAGCCAGGGAUAACAGGAACCUCUUUAAGUUUUAACCCUAUAAACUGGCAACAACUGUGUUUUGUUGGUGAGAGCUCCGUUACCAUCUGGCACGUUGAAAGGAUUAAGGACGAGCAUCACCUUAAGCGAAACCCUGUGGAACUCCCCGAUGAACAAGGGUCCAUAAGUCCUCAUGAGGAUUUGUUUUUCCCAGUUUCUUGUAGUGAUGAUCCAUACCAUGGCCCUGAUUUGCCAGUUUCAGCCAUUGCUGGACUGGUAGGAGAUGAAGCAGAAACAUUUGUGCCUAGAAAUAGUAUUAAGACUUUCGUGCAUCCCACUGCCCACUGCUGGACUGCAUCCUCAGAAAUAUACAUGGGCUGUAGAGAAGGAUAUAUUUUGGCAAUUGAUGCUGACAAACACAGUGUUUCUAUUCUUCAACCAAAACCCCCACCUGAGCACAUGCAGAAAAUAUCGGAUGUGGUGUCAUAUGUUCGUAGAGAAGUACAGAAAAAGAAAGGUGGCAAACUAAAUGAUCUGCAAAAACCAGUAUUUUCCAUGGCAUUCUGUAAUGAGGGAUUAUACGCAGCUGGAAGGGAUGGCAUUUUAUUGUUUUAUCACAUCAAAGAUCUGCAGUAUGAGAUGAAAGUCUGUGCUGAUAUCUCACAACCCAUAUCUAGCCUCAUAUUCUCUCCUGAUUACUCCAGUCUUCUGCUUGCCACUGACCAGGGACCAGUCUAUAGUUACAAACCUGCCCAUAGUGGAGAAGCUGUCAAACUUUUGGACACAUGCAGCAGUUGUUUUCUGGCAGCUGAUUUUCUUACUCCAGGGAACAAGUACUGUGUGUCUGUAACAGUUUCGGGUGAAGUACAAGUUUGGCUCCUGGAAGAUGGAACUUGCCUUGGCAAGCUAAACCUUGAUAUGGAGGCAACUGCUAUGGCUUGCUGUCCCUCCUCCAACAGUGUUGCUGUAGGGACCAGAAGAGGUCAAAUCUAUUUCCUUGAUGUUACCAAAGCUGAAGCUCCACGGAUUGUUCACAGAAUUUUUCUUUCCAACUUUCCAGUGCUAUCUUUGCGUUAUGAUCAGAGCGGCCAGUUCCUCAUUGCAAGAACUACAGAAGGACAUGUCUUUAUUCUAGAUGCUCGGCCAUCAAAAUUAUUCCAGGUUCUGGGAUAUAUAGUGCUGGCAGAUGAAGUGCUCGAUCUUUCUGUAGUUUCUGACUUUAAGAAUGACUUAGUUGAAGUGAUGGUCCUUCUUAAUGUAGCAGAGGUCCAACGAGCAAGACUGGAAAGUUUUUGUCUCUCUUCAGCAAUCACAACAGAUAAUGAUAAGUGUGUGAAUGACCAAGGAAUGUUUAAUGCUAGUGCCCUUAAAAACAAGCAGUAUGAGCUGGAUUACCCUUUGAGCUCAGCAGUCAAAUUGAAGGAUAACAUUGUGUAUGGCUACUGUACCUGUGCACCUUUCAUCUGUAAAUACCAUCUCUCUAAAGAGAAUAUGUUGGAAGAUGCACCAGUAUUUUCAUCAGAAAAGAGGAUUCCUAGCAAUCAGUUUGGAUCAGGUUUCCUCUGUGUAUCACCCAACAGCCAGUGGCUGGCAGCAGCAGCAAAAGAUGGUGUUUUAUUUAUUUACAACACUUCUACUAUGGAUAUACUUGCUCAAAAGCAUUGUCACUCAUAUCAAGGAGGGGGAAUCAGAUCCAUGAUAUUUUCAAUGGAUGGCAAUUUCAUCCUCGUUAAUGAUGAAAACGAUGGUGCUCUGGUGUGUCUGAAAUGGAAGAAGAUAAAGGAAACUGAAGUUGAGGAAGCUGCUUUUUACUGGCAAUCUCUUCUUGAUAUACUGAACAAGUCUAUUUCAGAUGAAAAUAUUGUUUUAAAAUCUAUGGCAGAAUGGCAGUUUGACCCAGGAUCCACAUCAAAAUCGCUCGCAGAAGAGAAAUUUCAGGAGGCAUCACUGAAAUCUCCCGGUGUAGAUGUGACAGAAGAAGAUGGAAACGUCACAAAUACCAAUGACAUGACAUGGAUAGGUCAGAAAAUACAGAAGGUCGUUAGAGAAGAGACUCAGAGGUUUGCUAACCAGAAGGAGGAGCUGCAAACAGGAAUUAAAAAGCUGCGUAAAACUAUUCAGAAAAUGAUGCAUGAGAAUGAGCAGGUGCCAGACAUUGAGAAAUUGGAGCACCAGGAGUUCAACCUGGAUAUGGAAGAACAGGAAAGACUGCAAGCAGAGGCUGAACAAGAAGUGGCCAGGGCAAGGCAGGAGAUUGAGAUGGAGAAUUUAGCCAACUGCUAUUUGCAGGAUUUCAUCAAAUACGAGUGCUGGGACACUAUGUGUGUAAAAGGAUGUGCAGUUAAGUGCUUCCAUAUGGAUUGUGAAGUGAAGAAUUAUCCACUGCAGGAACGUAGUAAAGAAGAGCUGGAAACUUUGGAGAAAGUUCUCCGGUUAAAGGAUACUGAGACAGCUGAUCUUAAGGUUCAGAAGGAAGAUCCUGAGGCUGAGGCUGAGACUGAGGAAGAAGGAGAGAAGGAAGCAAAAGCUGUGGCUGAUGAUGGUGAAUCUUUCUGCCUGAUUGGAAGUCUGAGCUCUCAGUAUGGUGGAGACACAUCUAUCCUCUAUCACCAAUGUGACUUGCACACCAAGGAGCAGAGAGUCAAUCAGAUAGUAUUAUUGAAGGACAUCAUUUACAAAGUGAAAACUGCUUUUAAUAAGGAAUUUGACAUAGUUGCACAACAAAAGGAGCAGGAGAUAGCACGAGUGAAAGAAAGAAACCUGCGGAUCCGAGAAAUCUUGGAACAACUGGGCCUCCAAGUGGAAGUGUGGGAGCCAACUCUUACAGAUGAUGAGAUGCCAGAGCGAGCACUCACUGUUCAAGAUUCAGAGAUUAAAGCUGAGAAAUUCUUGACUCAAGAGGAGAAAGAGAAAGCAGAAAUGCUGGCUAAGCUGGAAAUGGAAAAACGCCUUGCAGCUACGGACGAUGACAGACUGCGUGCUCUUGAUGACAUGAUGGGUGGAGUGCUGGAAGUCAGAAAGGAAGACAUCCUGAAAAUGGAAAUUCCUCCACCUCCUUUUAUAUCCAAGCCUGAAGAUCUUUGGAAUGAUGAAGAAAAGAGACUAUUUGGAGAAUAUGAGAGAAAAGUCAAGGAACUGAAUGAAGAGAAAGAAGAGUACAAACAAACACUGAAAAAUGAAUGGAAGAAACUUGAAGCUUCCAUCCAGGAAACAACACAAAAUUUUGAUGAGAUGGUCUGCAAACUCUCUGAAAGGAAAGUGAAAUCAGAGAUGGUCAUCUACCAGGAAGAACUCAAAAUAGUCAAUCUCACUUGUGAUUUACUGUUGGAUGAAGAGCUGGACACCAGAGAAGCUGGACUUCAUAAUUGCCUUACAAAAAGGAAGAAAGAGAAAGUCAAGAAGGCAAAAACAAUCCUGACUGCAAAAAAUAAAGUGGAUGCUUACACAGCCACCUAUAAAGAUGCAGUAGAUGAAGAGAAGAAUCUGGAACGUCGUUUUCCAAAGCAGUUUGCUGAUAUACCUGACGAUCUCUUUGAUGAACUUUUCCAACUUUACACGCGUCGACCGAAAAACCCAAGGACAGAAACACUCCUUGACACAGCUAAUCCAUAUGGGAACUGUUCAGACUCUGAGGAUUACGAGGAUGUACUUACCCUUUUAAUGAAGGCCAUGGAUGAACUGGAUAGUCCUGAGCACAUGCCUGAAGGCUUAGACCACUCUACAUGGAAAAACUUUUGUCUAGCUAGACGAAAUAAAAUGGAGAGUGAGGAGCUGGUGAAAUGGAAGGCCCUUAAACUGGCAGAGAUGCAGGCCUUUUUCCAGAGAAGAACAGAUGAAAAUGAGAAGAUGAAGUCACAAAUAGAGAACAUUUUCAAGGAACUCACUUGGCUGCAGGAGAAGAAGAUGAAACUUCAGCAGAAUUUGAUUGUCCAGUUUGUGCUAAAACAAGGACAGGUGGAAUUGGAAAGUGCUGAGAUCCCAGACUACUCUGAUGCUAUUCUCAUUAAAAAGAGUGUUGUUGAAGAACUGAAUACCUCUAUCUCGACUCAAGGAGAAAAAAAAAUUGCUGCUAUAAUAGAAUUCAAAGAGUUCUCUAGAGGGAUACGUCGGCUGGAAUGGGAGCACAAGAAAAUGAGAAUGCAAAUAGAAGAUCUGAAAGAGAAGGCUCGGGACAUUGUAAUACUACCUAUUUCAAAAGAUUGCCAGCUAUUCCUCACUGUGCUGAACUACGACAGCCACAUCGCCCAGCACAUUGCAGGGAUGGAGGAGACUCUUCGCUUCAUGGAUAAGUUGCACAAGAAGAAUGUGAAGAACCAUCAGAAAAAAAUUAGAGAGCUGAAGAAGUGCAUCCGUUUAAAAGAGGAAGCCAACUACGAGCUGAGCCUGCAGCUGAAGGAGAUGCUUGUCUCUGUUUCAGAAAGGAGGCAUAUCUUUGAGGCAGCUGACACACGGGAUAUUUCUGAAGAGAUUACAAGGCAGCGUUACCAAGAGAUUUUGAAGCAGAAAAACCUACGGGAUCUUAUAAAGGAACAGAAAGAAGAGUUUGAAAGUCUUCAGUCAGAACUUGAAAUACUGAGAACAAGAAGACCCCCUCAUAUAUAAAAAUCAGUCCACAUAGAUCUAUAAUACCACUGUCUUAUCUAAGUAAAAGAGCUUUGACAGUUAAUUUUUCUCCCUGAACUUUUCUUUCCACAAAAGAUUUCUUCUGUAAUUUCCUUAAAAAUAACUGCAUUUUGAAAGAGGCAUGUUUGUCUAGUUUGAGUAUUUUACACCUGGUCUUAUCCCCAUUAUACUUCAGUUGAUGAGAUUUAUUCCUGCUGGUUUCAUUACAUGAACUAUAUAGCUCAUUACAGAAAACAAAAGGUACAAGAAAUUGUAGACUGAGAAGAACAGGUGUAUUUGUAUGUCCACUGUCGGCAAUAUGCAAU